CGAGACACUAAGGAGCUGCUCUCCCCUCACCCUCAACCUUCUUUCCUUCUCCCUCUUCCUCCCUCCCCGUCGCUUCGGCAGGACUCCUUCACCAUGGCGUCCGAAUUCGUUGACCCCAGGAUGACCAACAUCAAGCCUCGCAUCCGCUACAACACCAUCGGAGGUAUCAACGGCCCGCUGGUGGUUCUGGAUAACGUCAAAUUCCCCCGUUACAACGAGAUUGUCUCCCUCACCCUCCCCGAUGGCACCGAGCGGUCGGGGCAGGUCCUCGAAGCUAGAGGUAGCAGAGCAGUCGUGCAGGUGUUCGAAGGUACUUCGGGUAUCGAUGUCAAGAAGACGAAAGUCGAAUUCACCGGCCACAGCUUGAAGCUGGGUGUGUCCGAGGACAUGCUGGGUCGUGUGUUCGAUGGAUCCGGUCGCGCGAUUGACAAGGGCCCGAAGGUGCUGGCGGAGGACUAUCUGGAUAUCAACGGUCAACCGAUCAACCCCUACUCGCGUGUGUAUCCCGAGGAAAUGAUUUCGACCGGUAUCUCCGCCAUCGAUACGAUGAACUCCAUUGCUCGUGGCCAGAAGAUCCCCAUCUUCUCCGCCGCCGGUCUCCCGCACAACGAAAUCGCCGCUCAGAUCUGUCGUCAGGCUGGCCUGGUGAAGCGCCCGACGAAGGAUGUUCACGACGGUCACGAGGAGAACUUCUCCAUCGUCUUCGCCGCCAUGGGUGUGAACAUGGAAACCGCUCGUUUCUUCACGCGCGACUUCGAGGAGAACGGCAGUAUGGAGCGCGUGACGCUGUUCCUGAACUUGGCUAACGACCCUACGAUUGAGCGUAUCAUUACCCCCCGUCUUGCGUUGACCACCGCCGAGUACUACGCCUACCAGCUGGAGAAGCACGUCCUGGUCAUCAUGACGGAUCUGUCGGCCUACUGUGACGCUCUUCGUGAGGUCUCUGCGGCCAGAGAAGAAGUCCCGGGUCGUCGUGGUUACCCCGGUUACAUGUACACGGAUUUGUCCACCAUCUACGAGCGUGCCGGCCGUGUCGAGGGCCGUAACGGAUCCAUCACUCAGAUCCCCAUUCUGACCAUGCCCAACGAUGAUAUCACCCACCCCAUCCCCGAUUUGACUGGCUACAUCACGGAGGGACAGAUCUUCAUCGACCGUCAGCUGUACAACAAGGGUGUCUGGCCGCCCAUCAACGUGCUCCCCUCGCUGUCCCGUCUGAUGAAGUCUGCCAUCGGUACCGGCCGUACCCGUAAUGACCACUCGGAUGUGUCCAACCAGCUGUACGCCAAGUACGCCAUUGGACGUGAUGCCGCCGCCAUGAAAGCCGUCGUCGGUGAGGAGGCCCUCUCCCCCGAGGACAAGCUGUCCCUGGAAUUCCUCGACAAGUUCGAACGCACCUUCAUCAGCCAAUCGCCCUACGAGUCGCGCACCAUCUACGAGUCCCUGGACAUCGCCUGGAACCUGCUGCGCAUUUACCCCAAGGACCUGCUGAACCGUAUCCCCAAGCGCGUCCUCGACGAGUUCUACGCCCGCUCCGCCCGCAAGAUCGCCAACAAGGACACCCGCGACAACUCCGUCCCCGAAGCCGCCCAGGGUUCGGAUCUCAUCGAGACGUAAAGCCCGCCCGCACACUCUGCCCGUGCUCGUAAUUUAUCUAUCUAUUGCCUCUAGAUGGCGGUGGGGGGUCGUUCUUCCCCUUGUUCUGGGUCUGUCUCUCUCUGCAUGAUGUUCAUACCGCGAGUCCGAAGCCAAGCCAAGCCAAGCCAAUCUGCUUUUUUCUAUCUACUUAUGUUCGCCGUGUGAGGACGCUGCUACUGCUGUCGUGUCUCCGAGUUGCCUGGCCUUGUUUUUUUUUUCGUGAUGCUGGGAUCCUGCAUAUACUCGUUUAUUUUUCGUAGUUGUAUAUCAUAUAUCGUCUAUAACUUGGUCUUUUGUUUAUUA